AUGUCUACAGUAGAGGAACUGAGGCAAUCAGGGAAUGCCGCGUUCUCGGCUGGGCGAUAUCAGGAGGCAUUGGCGUUUUACGAACAAGCCCUUGCAUUGGAUGCGGAGAAUGUUGAUCUCCUUAACAAUGCCGCGGCAGCCAGUCACUCACUGAAAAAAUAUGACGACGCCAUCGCCUACGCGAGACGGUCUUUGAGCGUCCGUGACAACUUUAAGGCGCACACACGAGUAGGUGCGGCACUAUGGGCUCUGAACCGACUGCCCGAGGCCGCCAUGGAGUAUGAGCGGGCGGCAGUAUUGUCGCCUGGUAAUCCAAGUCUCGAAGAGAGCCGGCAGACACUGCUAAGGCUGCUGCAACAGUCUUUUGGCAGCGGUGGGGUUGUACCUCCGCUCUGCUCAACCGGGAAACUGGGAGUGUGCCUCGAUGUUGUCGUUGUGACACUUGCACUGCUGACGAUGUUCUUUUUAUUUUUUAUGCCCGCGCUAGCCAAGAAGACGUGGAAUUUUUUGAUGACUGCAGCCGUCGUGCAGCAAGCCAUGAUAGCGCGCAAGCAAGGCCUCCUUAAGGCCUCUAAAGAAGUUCUUUUGAAAUGGAGUGAUCACCGUUGCACACUAGAGUUAUUGCUCUGCGGCAUUGCAUUAAUCGGUGCCGUGGAGCCCCAGAUGCUGUUGGUGAGUGCACUGGGUAUAUACAGUGCGGUAAGUCUUGCUUCGAAUCUACCGACGUUAUCGAACAUUUCACCAUUCCUGCAUCGUCUCUGUGCACCGUAUUUGCAGAGGGUUUUAGCCAAUCAAUCCAUGGUUGCAAACUAUGCUGCAACCCUGGAGGCUAUCAUGCUGUUCACCGUCAUGUUUUCGGGUGGGGCUAUUUUCACUCUUGUCUACAUUCAGUACGUGAAGAAUCUGUAUCUCAUUGACAACAACACAAGGGUUGCCUUCACAGGUAUUCGAAUGAAUCUUUCACGUCUUACCCGUCAUCCGUACAUGCCUCUUUUUGUAGACACCUAUAUGCAGAAGUUUUGUGAACUCAUUUACACGAUCGCCCAACGGGGCAUUUGA